CACGGUUGUGAGGCUGGCACUACAGAGAACCGGGAACGUGAGACUAGAGGUCCCGGGGUUCAUAUCGAGGGCAAUGCAGGGAAACCCAGCUUAGGAGGAGGGAGGGAGCAUACCCCUUGUGGGAGCUCCGAUUCUCACCUCUUCUGCUCUGGGCCCCGGGGCCUCUGUAGGAGCUCCGUGGAGGGCCAGACGGUGCAAUGCCCAAGCAUUGCCCUCACCACUCUGUGGGCCUGCUCCGCCCAAGCCCGGGAGAGGCCACGCGCUGGAUGGGAUGGGAUAAAGAGACUGGCAGGGCCCCAGGAGUGCCCGAGGCGGGACCAUCGAAAGGACCCACGUAGGACUACAGGCUUUCCCUGAGAGGGGACAUCCCCUUACUCCCAAGACUUCAGUCUCAGACUCUUUAUCCUGUGGCCCUGAAGGGCCCAAACUCACUGUGGCCUCCCGCGCAUUUUUCCCCGGCUGGUGGUGGUGGAGGAGGAGCUCCAAAUUUGGGCCACUUAGGGCCCUACGCUCUGCUGCCACAACCCCAUGCCCUCUGAGAACCCUCCCGGCACCCUCCCCGCCUCCGCUCUCGCUUGCUGGCCUCCGGGGUCCUGCUGAUGCUCUGCGCGCCAGAAUCUUCAUCUACCUGGGUGCGCCGCUCGCCUGGUCGUGACCCGGGUCUCAGCCGCGUAUUGCUCCCAGGGCCCACUAAUCCUUGCUAGCUGCAGAGGGCUCAGGGAUACUCUUGAGGCAGAGCGCAGGUACUGGAGGAGAAGGCCCAGGCAAGAGUUAACUGGUACUGAGCACCUAGAACGUCCAAACUGCAGACGUUCCCACGUGCGAGAUCCGUGGCGCUCGGGGGCCACCAAGGGAAUGUGAAUGGGAGAGUGGUAGAGAGUGGUAACUGAAAACGAAGGGAGGAAUGGACUGGCAACGGUUUGGGAAUGGGUAAAGAAGAGCAGGAACUAAGAGUGAGCAAGCAAACGGUGCCAAAGAUUGGUGGCGGCUGGAUUUUGCAAUGUGCACAAGGGCUAGAGUUGUGUUGCCUGGGCAGCGUUUGGCUUGUGGGAUGUGUAACAAGAAUGGAGAGUCCAGAAGGUGGGGAAGGAGGAUGGACUACGCUGGGGGCACGCUGGAGGGGCUGCAAUACCGGACGCGCCAAGGGAUGAGACAGGGUGCCUUCUCUCAGGGGCCUUUGGCAACACCGACUUUUAUAGAGCGCGCUUAGCUGCCUCAGAGACUCCAGUGCCUCGUGGUCAAUGCCAGAGAGGUUUGAGAAGGGUGCUCAGAGCGCUGUUCCACGGUGGCUAAAGGCCGGCCCUCUUCUCUGUAGCGCAGAGCUAGAGCAGGAGGCGGAUCCUAGGCGCGUGAGGGCGACAUUAGGCGCGCUGGGCAUGAACCUGGAGGGCAGCGGCCGAGGCGGAGAGUUCGGCAUGAGCUCGGUGAGCUGCGGCAACGGGAAACUCCGCCAGUGGCUGAUUGACCAGAUCGACAGCGGCAAGUACCCAGGGCUGGUGUGGGAGAACGAGGAGAAAAGCAUCUUCCGCAUCCCCUGGAAGCACGCGGGCAAGCAAGACUACAACCGCGAGGAGGACGCCGCCCUCUUCAAGGCUUGGGCACUAUUUAAAGGAAAGUUCCGAGAAGGCAUAGAUAAGCCAGACCCUCCUACCUGGAAGACACGCUUACGAUGUGCUUUGAACAAGAGCAAUGACUUUGAGGAACUGGUUGAGAGAAGCCAGCUGGACAUCUCAGACCCCUACAAAGUAUACAGGAUUGUUCCUGAGGGUGCAAAAAAAGGAGCAAAGCAGCUCACCCUGGAGGACCCACAGAUGACCGUGAGCCACCCCUACACCAUGACAGCUCCUUAUACCUCACUCCCAGCUCAGCAGGUUCAUAACUACAUGAUGCCACCCCAUGACCGAAGCUGGAGGGAGUACGUCCCUGAUCAGCCUCACCCAGAAAUCCCAUAUCAAUGUCCUGUAACGUUUGGACCCCGCAGCCACCACUGGCAAGGCCCAGCUUGUGAAAAUGGUUGCCAGGUGACAGGAACCUUUUAUGCUUGUGCCCCGCCUGAGUCCCAGGCCCCCGGAAUCCCCAUAGAGCCAAGCAUAAGGUCUGCUGAAGCCUUGGCGCUCUCAGACUGUCGACUCCACAUCUGUUUGUACUACCGAGAGAUCCUGGUGAAAGAGCUAACCACAUCUAGCCCUGAAGGGUGUCGGAUCUCCCAUGGGCAUACUUAUGACGCCACUAACCUGGACCAGGUCCUUUUCCCCUACCCAGAGGACAAUGGCCAGAGGAAAAACAUUGAGAAACUUCUGAGUCACCUGGAAAGGGGUGUGGUCCUGUGGAUGGCCCCUGAUGGGCUUUAUGCCAAAAGACUAUGCCAGAGCAGAAUCUACUGGGAUGGGCCCCUGGCACUGUGCAGUGACCGGCCCAACAAGUUGGAGAGGGACCAGACCUGCAAGCUCUUUGACACACAGCAAUUUUUAGCAGAGCUACAAGCAUUUGCUCACCAUGGCCGUCCCCUGCCAAGAUUCCAGGUAACUCUGUGCUUUGGGGAAGAGUUUCCAGAUCCUCAGAGGCAAAGGAAGCUCAUCACUGCUCACGUCGAACCUCUACUAGCCAGACAACUAUAUUAUUUUGCUCAGCAAAACAGUGGACAUUUCCUGAGGGGCUAUGAUUUACCUGAACAUGUUAACAGUCCAGAGGAUUAUCAUAGAUCUAUUCGCCACUCCUCCAUUCAAGAAUGAAAACCAAGACAAGUGAUUUUGUUUCAUUUAAACAUCUGACUUUGACAGGAACAGCUGAUUGAACUCCCUCUUUUUCUUUUGAGAAACUUGGAAACUGGGGCUUCAGUUCAACACUUCAGGAGAAUCUCAGCGAGAAUGAGUGUAAAAAACCAGCUCCAUGUAAAUGACAGAUGAGCUUAUUCCAAAAGGAAGGAUGGUCUUCAGGGUCUUCUGUAGCCUGCCAUCUUUGAUAAUUACUGUGAAAAUUGACCAAAGAAGGUGUUUACAUUUACUUAAAUGAUAUCUUUAAUUUGAUGUGGAUUAUUUCUUGCUUUAAAACUGAGAAAACUUGUCUUCAAUAUUUACCACUAAUUAGAAGGAUAAAAGUACUUAAGUGCUGUACUAUUUCUCAGGGAAGUAAUAUCUAAAUUUGAGGUGACUCUGCCUACAAAAGAAAUGUAUUAACGCACAUAGGUGAUGUUGCUCUUGUAGAAAAUGCUUGCUAAUAGAAAGGAACAGAAUCUUUGACCGAGGUUGGACCACGGGGCCUCCAGCUUUGGGGUGGCUCAUCACCCCCGCCCUGGCCUGGGUCUCACCCUAUGACAGGCUUCCCUGCCCUGCCUCACACUGUCCCUCCAUUUUCUCUAUCUUCCUGAAUGCCCCUGGAAGCCAGUUGGUAUUUUGUGGAACCAAAAAGCAUUAGUGCUACACUUGAUUAGUAUAUUUUUGUCUGUUCUACAAUCUCAUAAUGACUGGUUAAGAUAUUUUUUGUUUGUCUUUUUGUCUGUCAUUCUAUAGAAAUUAUUGGUAAAACUUUUUUUCUUUAAAGAAGAAAAAAAUAUCAACAAUCCAAAUACUAAAGAUAUAUUUUUGAAACUCGGUGACAUUUCCCCUCUUAUCCUGUUUGUUUUGUUUGGCUAUCAGUUAUCCAUGACAACACUAAAGAGGAGGAGCCGAUGCUUUUCAAUUUGGUGAACUCUGUUAGGAAAGAUGAUGACAGGAUUUCACUGAUUGCAUAACUGCAGACUCAGUGGGCUGUUUUUGCUUAUUUUGUAUAUUAUAUGCUUCCUCAUGCCAAUAUGGUUUAACAGGACCUUUACUUGCUUAAGUAAACCUGAUCACUUCCUUGUUGAUUGUUUUGGAAAAGUACAGAUGUUUAGACUGUGAUGCUGGCAACUGAUAUUUUUAUCAUACUACAAAAAAAUUGCUAUUACUUCAGGCCCAGCAAAAGACUUGAUAGUUCUCAAACAUAUACCACUCUUAUUCUAAUCUAUAUUUUUUAAAUCACUCAACAAACUGUAUCCCUUUCAUUAGAUAGAUUAUAUAUAGCCUUUAUCCAGUUUAGUAAGCAAUGAAGCAUUGGAAUGUUAUAUUUUUAACUUUUUAAAAGGAGUUUUUAAUAAUAACAUAAUACAUAUUAACUAUGGAAAAUGUAAAGAGUAUAGACAGGCAAAAAUGAAGCACAUCAUCCUUCUUUACUGCAGCCCAAAUCCUUCUCCCUAGAAAUAUCCUCAAGAAGAGUUUGACUUAUUCUUCCAGUACACUUCAUUUCUCUAUACAUAUGCAUCAGCUCAAAAAAACCUCAUAGAAUCAUCUUGCAACCACUUUUAUGCAGUGCUCUUUUAACCUAACAAUACAGAUUUACCUCACUCUUUUUAGAGGCAUUGUCGUCAUAGAACUCCACCACCGUGCAGUCAGUAGCAUAGUUUAUGGAAUUUCAUCAGCCACUAAGAAUGAAUACACGUGGACAGCAGAUUAUACUUCAUGAAUUGCAGUAA